AUCUCUCUGUUAAGUAGUCAAAGUUUGGAACUUGAACACCAUCAAAUUCAUCAAUCUUACUCCAAGUUGUCUAAAUCCCUUCCCAUUCUAUCUCUAUAAUAACCAAUCUUUAUUCACCAAACAACUUAAGUUCAUACAUAUAUAAAUUAAUUCUCUCUGUCACAGAACGUAAAAAAACAACAACAUGAAGUUAUUCGGGUGGAUGCAAAACAAGCGAAAUGCGAAAUAUGAGAAUCAUAACAGGACAAGCACUUCCUCUGCUUCAUCUCAUCAUGUGAAGCAAGAGCCUAGAGAGGAGUUUAGCGACUGGCCUCACGCGCUGCUCGCUAUUGGAACUUUUGGUUCAACAACCAACGGUGUGAGCCAAAACGAAAGCAAGAAUGUUCAUGAAGAGAAAGAAGAAGGAGAGAAGAAGUCUAUCUCACAAACCGGUCAAGAAGAAGAGCCUUCUUCCUCUGAUGAUAUUGAUGAUUUUACUCCCGAGGAGGUGGGGAAGUUGCAGAAGGAGUUGAUAAAGCUCUUGUCAAGAACUAAGAAAAGGAAGUCUGAUGUGAAUAGAGAGCUCAUGAAAAAUCUUCCAUUGGAUAGAUUCUUGAAUUGUCCAUCGAGUUUAGAGGUCGAGAGGCGAAUCAGCAAUGCGCUAUGCGCUGUUGUGGAUUCAUCUGAAGGGAAUAAGGAUGAAGAUAUGGAACGAACGAUUAACGCUAUAUUAGGUAGAUGCAAAGAGAUAUCUAUAGAAAGUAAGAAGAAGACAGACAUAAGCAAGAAGUCUUUCUCAUAUCUUUUCAAGAAGAUCUUUGUUUGCUCAGAUGGAAUUUCUACGUCACCAAGCCCUAGCUUGAGAGACACGCUCCAAGAAUCGAGAAUGGAGAAGUUGUUGAAGAUGAUGCUACAUAAGAAAAUUAAUGCUCAAGCCUCCUCAAAGCCAACAUCAUCUACAACAAAGAGAUACUUGCAAGACAAGAAACAGCUCUCUUUGAAGAGCGAAGAAGAAGAAGAAACCAACGAGAGAAGAAGCAGUAGUGAGGGACAUAAAUGGGUCAAAACAGAUUCUGACUUCAUAGUUCUUGAGAUCUGAUGGGUCCUUCAAGCUCUUGGAAUAACCUAUCAACAACAAAGAUUCAACUCUCGUCGAGAAAAUUCAAAAAGAAACAAUGAAACGGUUUCCUUAUUUCGGAGGAAAAUUUUGGAGCAUCAGCACAUGUAUACCUUCUUGUUUUUUUGCAUGAUUUGUUCUGUGGCCAAUUUGGUCCAUUGAACCAAACAUGUUCUUGAGACAUACAUACAUGUGUAUCGGAAUGCAUGGACACAUACAUGUGCCUAUGUGAUCAUUUGUGUAAUUUUAAGGUGGAUAACCUUAGUUUAUAAAGAUUAGUACUGCUUCUUCAUUAUUACA